UGAGCCAAGAUGGCUGGGCCGGUGUCGCUGUGGCUCCUGGCUCUCGCUCUCCUGCCGGCGUCCUACGCUGCCCAGGGGCUAGGGCAUCUCGACCCAACCGCGCCGCUGCCGCUGGUGAUCUGGCAUGGGAUGGGAGACAGCUGUUGUAAUCCCUUAAGCAUGGGUGCUAUAAAAAAAAUGGUUGAGAAGAAAAUACCUGGAAUUUACGUCUUAUCGCUAGAGAUUGGGAAGACCCUGGUGGAGGAUGUGGAGAACAGCUUCUUCUUGAAUGUCAAUUCCCAAGUAACAACAGUGUGUCAAAUUCUUGCUAAGGAUCCUAAAUUGCAGCAAGGCUACAAUGCUAUGGGAUUCUCCCAGGGAGGCCAAUUUUUGAGGGCAGUGGCUCAGAGAUGUCCUUCGCCUCCCAUGAUCAAUCUGAUCUCGGUAGGGGGACAACAUCAAGGUGUUUUUGGACUCCCUCGGUGCCCAGGAGAAAGCUCUCACAUCUGUGACUUGAUCAGAAAAACACUGAAUGCUGGGGCUUACAACAAAGCUAUUCAAGAACGCCUGGUGCAAGCAGAAUACUGGCACGACCCCAUAAAGGAGGACAUGUACCGCAACCACAGCAUCUUCUUGGCGGAUAUUAAUCAGGAGAGAGGUGUCAAUGAGUCCUACAAGAAAAACCUGAUGGCUCUGAAGAAGUUUGUGAUGGUGAAAUUCCUCAAUGAUUCCAUUGUGGACCCUGUGGAUUCUGAGUGGUUUGGAUUUUACAGAAGUGGCCAAGACAAGGAAACCAUUCCCUUACAGCAGACCACUCUGUACACACAGGACCGCCUGGGGCUAAAAGAAAUGGACAAUGCAGGACAACUAGUAUUUCUGGCUGUAGAAGGGGAUCAUCUGCAACUGUCUGAAGAAUGGUUUUAUGCCCACAUCAUACCCUUCCUUGUGUGAAACCUUUGCAGUUUGCACCAGAGCUCAGGGAGCCCCCCAGCACUUCCAGUGAAGACUGUUCCCUUUGAUGCCCCAUCCAAAGCACAGAUCUAGCUUGAAACUAACCCUUCUCUCUGGUCAUCAUCUAACAUGCCUACUUGGAAAGAUCUAAGAUCCAAAUCUUAUCCUUUGCCUCAUCCUAUCAGCAUAUGGUGUUGAAUGCAAGUUUAAUUAGUUAAUAACAAUGGAGAUUAUUUUACAACCAUUUGAUGUAGUCAAGCUGUCUCAGGAAACAGUCUGCUGUAAGUCAGUGCCAGAACUGUGCUCAGGCCCACAAGAGAUGAACUAAAGCAGUGAGAUUCUAAAGACAGACAUCUUUCUCACUCAAAUCUAGCCACAUUUCAAGCCAAGAGAAGGCCAACACCUAGGCCUGAGGUAGUGACAUAAAUGCCUUUCUCAGUUUUGCUGGUGGGGAUGUAACCAGUGCUUAGAAGAAUACUGCUGGGAAUGUUGCUGUAUGUUCUGAGGCUGCCCUCCUCCCUUUGAGUAUGUUGUCUUCUGUGGCAUCUUAGCAAUUAGACAGUUCCACUAGCCUACCAUCUUGCUUCAGUAGCACUCUUUUUGUCUCCUCAGAUAGUGAUAAAUUAGUUGCUGACACAAGAGGGGGGAAGUAACACACAACUAGAUUGCUUAAGGGAGGAAGUGUAUGUAUUGCUUAACUGAGAUAGGGGUGGUGAUGAAGAAAAAUGUAAAAAUGCAAAUGAAAACUGAGGCAACGGCUGGUUCUUUCCAUUCCAUCCUUGGUUAACCUGUCCAUUCCUUUUUUUGAUAGAGUGGAAGGGAAGGAGGUGGGGGGGGGGGGCAUCGAUUGGUUGCCUCCC